UGGAUGUUGGAGGUUGGUUGACGUGGUUUGCAGUGGGAGUGUGUACUAUAGGGCAGUUUGUUUUGCUAUUUUGUGUUCUUUUUUGUUGUUUUUGUAUUGAGAUUUUAAUCGUGGUAAUACGAAUGGUAAACUUUGGAGAAUAUUUGAUUUGAUUGUUUAUGGGGUCGUGGGUGUUGUGACAGUUGAAGUUUUCUUUUUUGAUAGAAUCUGUUUACUGUUUCUGUAGAAUGUAUUGUUAUAUAUAAAUAUAUUGUGAUAUCGCUUUUGUUUACUGUUAAUUAUUUUACAUUUACAGUUCAUAAAAUUUAAUGUACAAUAGUGUCACUUAGUUAUCUUCAGAUUCUUUUAUCAGAAUUUAUGUUUAAUUGAGUUCAUCCUGUGGAAAGCAGAUAAAAUAUUAUCUCCGAAACUCCACAGUCGUAAUUGGAUCUUAUCAAUUUCCUCCAAGGCAAAACACGCACUAAACUAAUUACAGUAUCCAAUUUAACUACGCCUGAAGCUGUCACAAAAUUAUGAAGAUUGAAUUACUCAUAAAGUUUGAUUAACCAUUUAUUUUAAUUUCUCUUAAAGUACAUCUUAUAAAAGAAUACCUUGACAUCAAAAGAAAUUAUUAUCCUUUGCAAUCUAUCAAAUCCACAAAAAUCACUAACAAAUCCAUCUCCAUAAAUAACCCGCAAAAGGAACAAUAACAGAAAAUAUCUAAACUUAUCCUAAAAACUACAAAACAUACCCUAAAAACAUCGCGAACGUCAUAAACCUCCCUCAAAUUCAAGUGUCCUUGAAAACCACAUUACCCCACUUUAAUUUAAACACGAAGAAGGACCUAUUGUUCUACGAAAAUCACGUGACUCUCCAUAAAGGGUUGAAGACCACUUCACGGUUAUGAUAUCCCGGUUGCACGCAGAUCCUGGUUGCACCCUGGGAAUAUCCUGGCAGUGGUCCCGCAUUCCGGGUCGACAAGUCGGAGUUAUGAAAUACCAAAGUGGAAACGCUCGAGCUACUUCGAGAGCACCAAGAUCGUCGAGUGCAGGUACCAACAACCUACCACCACUAACGUUCCAUCAAGUUCAUGGUGACAAUAUCAGACUCUGCAAUGGCGGCACCAUCGCCAGAAGACACGAGAGCUUUUGCAAGGGUGUCACGUUCAGCGCGAGGCCGGUGCGGGUCGGUGAAAAGGUCUGCGUGAAAUUCCUCGAGAUCUCCGACAACUGGAGCGGCGUAAUACGAUUCGGUUUCACGAGCAACGACCCGAUCAACCUCAGGAAUGGCCUGCCCAGGUACGCCUGUCCAGAUCUGACGAACAAACCCGGUUACUGGGCGAAGGCUCUAGCCGAAAGGUUAGCUGAACGGGACACGGUGCUCUUUUAUUACGUGACAUCCGCUGGCGAUGUCCAUUUCGGCGUCAACGGCGAAGAGAAGGGGUUGUUCUUCAGCGGCGUAGAGACUCGGGGUCCACUAUGGGCCAUCAUCGACGUGUACGGCAACAGCACCGCGAUCGAGUUCGUCGAUCCUAACAGGCAACACUUCAAUAACAUCAGAAGGGGCGCUGAGCACAGCAAUGAGGACAACACGCAGCACAGCAGGCAGUCAGCGAUGGAGUCAGUGGUACCGACCAUGCACAACUUGUCGAUCCAUGACAUCGACGUCGAACUGCCAGCGCUCAGGUUUCAGCCUCCUGGUGUCAUCUUCAGGCCGUUACCCUUCCACCCGACCCGCGGCAGGAACAUCUACUUCAGCAACCAGCAGUGCGUGGCGGUGCGCAGCGACACGGAAUUCUGUCAUGGGUACGUGUUCACGAGCCGGCCGCUGGUGCUCGGCGAGCGGCUGGUCGUGCAGAUCCUCUCAACGGAACCGAUGUACGUGGGCGCUCUUGCCCUGGGCCUGACCUCUUGCGAUCCAGCCCGUUUAACAGCGGAAGAUCUGCCGGACGACAGCGAUCUCCUAUUGGACCGUCCGGAGUACUGGGUGGUCUCGAAGGACGUGGCCUCCAGUCCACAGCCGGAGGAUGAGAUAGCAUUCACGGUGACCCACUUCGGUGAGGUGCAAAUGAGCAAAAAUGAUGGUCCACCGAACGUAGUGAUGCACGUCGACCAGAGCCUGCAGCUCUGGGCGUUCGUAGACGUCUACGGCAGCACGCAGAUGGUGAGAAUGUUGGCCAGCAAGCCAACGUCGCCACCGAGGCAAAGACAGAGCAAUCCUUCACCAGCGACCAUUGUCCAGCAACAACAACAACAGCAGCAACAGCAGCAGCAGCAGCAGCAGCAGCAGCAGCAACAACAACACUCGAAUCACAGUAACGCUGCCACAGAACUGUCCAGAUUCUCCGAGGUAGUUCAGUUUAAGCCAGCUGUAGGGGGCGGUACUGUCCUCGUAGUGAACCUACCGCCGCAGACUUACCCUACGCCGCCUUCCACCACGCCUCAGCCCACGUACGCCUCCGCUGGACACAGAAAUCCUCACGUGCAUCAUCCGACGAACGUUGUGGCAUCGGCGCAUCCGGGAUCCUCUAGGCAAUCCUCGCCUCCGUUGACAGGCACUAUGGCUAGUACAGGAUCCUCGACCUACGUGGAGCCAGUGAAUCUGCAGCAAUGGAGCGAAGGUCUUCAACCAACGCCAGGACAGCCCAGCGAGUGUUCGAUCUGCUAUGAGAGAAGCAUCGACAGCGUGCUGUACAUGUGCGGACACAUGUGCAUGUGUUACCCUUGCGCCAUUCAGCAGUGGUGCGGCAAAGGCGGCGGCCAUUGUCCGCUUUGUAGAGCGCCGAUCAAAGACGUGAUCCGCAUCUACCGGUCCUGAACACAGGCACGGGCUCCAUAUGGAAGGAACAGUUCCGAGGGCUGAUGUCUCCCGAUUUUGUUAACUCUUCGAAAUAGGCGACACGCCAGUCCGUGGCGUGACUCCAGGCGUGGAGAGCCGGUCGCUUCUUCGGCUCUUCUCGGUGUUCUCGUCUCCGAGGAGGCGCUCUACUCAGGACGUAACAGGAUAUACCUUUUUCAACGACGCGCUAAGCUACUCUUCUCACUGCCGGAUCUUUUUCCUCUUCGACGCGGACGUCUGGCGGGCAGCUUCUCGACUCGACUCGACGCUGGGACACGCUACGGCGUUUCAAAGACUGUGGUGUCUCCUCGACCGUUCAUCUUCUUUUCUCCUUGUUUGAUGGUGACUGGGCGCGGAACCCGACGCCCGAGUGCUGGAACACUCCUGUCAAUUACGAUGUCGAUGGGAAGGAACGGGAAACGUUUCUUCGCUGGAUCAAAACUGCCAUCGUUGGCGGACCCUCUGGACGAGAACACGGGGGACACCUUUCUGCAGCGAUUCGCUUAUCCCUCAGUCGUGAACCGGACGAAGGCUCGCUCGCACGCGCGCGCGGCUCCGUAGACUUUUUGACUGUUUUCGAUUUUUGGUAUACAAGCGCGACAUGCGGCCGUGCGCGAGCUCUUGCGUAUUACCGGGAGAGACUAAAGAAUCGAGUGUCUGAGCGGAAGAGAAAGCUUAGGUGUGAAUGCGAUAAAGAGAAAAGAGAGUAACAUUGAUCUUAGAUAUUUUCACAAUCGAUAUAUUAUUAUAUAUUAUUGCUACCAUCGCCAAUUACUAUUACCGUUAUUAUUAUUACGAUUCACUACUGCUACUAUUCUCAGCCUUUAGUUAUUAUUAUAUUAUUAUUAUUAUUAUUAUUAUUAUUAUUAUUAUUAUUAAUAUUAAUAUUAUUAAUUAUUCUACGUGAAUAGUGGUCAUUAUAUUAUUAUUCUUAUAGAAAGUAUAGGUUGCUAGGGCGAGUACGAUGUGCUGUCGUUAUUUUGUUUUUCUUUUUGCUCCGGACUAUCGUCUCAACGCGCCGCGAACAGACAUUCGGUCGAGACCGUUUGUUUGCGUGGCUCCAUAUUAUUUAAUACAAACGUGUGAUUAAGUAGGUCGAACCUUUGCGGAAGGCGCCUAAGGCGUCGUAGAUUAGAUUCUUUCGGUUUCCACUGUCUUGGAUUCUUUUCGAUUUCGUCACAGACGAGAUACGGUGCGCCAGGUGGCUCUCUCUCGCUGUGGAUAAGAACGGCAAUUCUGAGAACUAAAUCAAACCUGUUCAUUCGAGCAUCUCUGAAAGAGAUUUGAAACGUGAAGUCCCCGCUAGGCGGCGGAAAUUUAUGCAAAUAUACAUUUUUGUAAAGUUCUGAAGGAAUUGACUUUCAAUAAAAUUGUCUAUCUCUCACGAAUGAUUUUAGUCAAUUAAAUGAUUGAACCGAAGCUGGUGUACUGGAUUUGAUUAACGACCACGCCUUUAAACAAGCAUUUCCAAAAUUUUUGUACGCUAUAAAUGCAUAAAUUUCCGCUGCUUAGUUAUUUAUUUGCCUAGGCGUCGAAUGUACAGUCUUAUUUCUUUCUUUUUUAUAUUCGAAUUGUGCAGAAUAGAUAACAGAUAAGUAACGAAGGUGGAGAAAAAGCUAAGACACGAUGGAAAGUUAAAUUAUUUAUCGUUUAGGACUGCGAGUCGCAGGUAUUUCUCGAAUGUAUAAACAGUGAACUGAUAAAGUAACGAAUGAUCGCAAACAAAAUUACCAUUUGUAAUCUCAUUUCAUACAAGACCGUCAGUAUACAGAAACUCUCUAAUCAAAAUAUCUACGUAGCAACCAAAAAUCCACGUCGCGCGAUUCUCGUCUGUGACGUCCUUUCUUCCCUCCGAGUUUGCUCCAGCGGUCGUGACACGGCCGUUUCAUCGAAGCUCGCCGAAGUCACCGCGUGUUCCCUAUCCCAGCCGAGCAUAGGCGCGCGUCCUUCUCGUUUGUUACUUUCGACAAUAACGCUUGGAUAUAAAUAAAAUGUAAGUCGUCGUUCGGCGGAAGCGCGGGGCCGACUCGUAGCCAUGUAAUCUAAUAAUGACUACAAUAAUCGUACGUGUAUUACCAAAGAAAAGCGCGACAUUCUUCCUCCCGCUCUGCGUACGUUCCAGAAACGAACGUUUUUCCACGCACUUCUCCACGCAAAGCCAAGCCUUAAAGGACGAUGGGUUUUUUGAUACGUUUAGACUUAGCCGUUACCGUUUCUACCGAGCAGAGUGGAUCGUGGCUCGUCCAGGGCAAUCGCAAACGAAAAGAAGAAAAAGAAACGACAAAAGGAAAGAAAACACGUCCGCAGAGUUACGCAUUUACCUAAACCGGCAGAGUUUCGACUUAGUCCCCUUCGGAAUUGGGACUCCCGUUCCGUCAUCUUGGCCCGGGCACGGCGAGACGCUAUCGUAGACGGCAGACUCCAUGUUGGAUUCCUAACUGUAUUAACCGUAAGAGUACAAGGCAAAGUUACUAUGUUAGCUUGCGUAGCGUUUUAAGGGACAGCGACAAAGUUUAGAGGCUUUUAUCAGUGUUAACGACUAAGAUGAAAUUAUUUGAGGAGCUCUGAAGCCGAACGGUCUUGGACCUUCGCCGUGUUUCUCAUUACCAAGGAAUUCCAAGAAUUUUGUCACGAACCCUAAUGAUUCCAAUUCGGACAAUUUGGCAAAGACCAUUCGAAUAAGCAUCAGUUCGUUGAAAGUAUACAUCGAACUGCUUCAACUGAUCACUGCUUCGAAGGAUGCAAUCCCGGUUUGGCAACGGACCUCCUCAUUUGUUAUGGACUAAAAACGAUUUAUAGAACCCGCUAGUGUCUCUCGUGCCCGUUCUAUUGAUGAUUUGAAAACGACGAGCGCGAGGUCCGAGUUGCGAACUGUCCGGACGAGUCGUCACUGCCCUAUCGUAACGUGAAACAAGAGAACCGAGGCGUCGGGCCGUGGAACGACCCGUGGAACGAUCUCGUUGUACGGCCCGUCGGCCCACGAGGAUCCUCCCCACGUAAGAUCACUUUAUUUUCAUACAACAGCGAGACGUGCCGAAGGGCGGCAGUGUUUCCUUCCUCCCUUCACUGGCCCAAAGAACGCACUCCAGAUCGGUUCAUACCCAGCGUUCCCGAGGCCAUGCCUUAUGAACAGUUAACGACGCGUCUUUUCGCCGCGUGAGAGACGUUGCUCGCCGAGCUUUUCUUAUCGACAGACGCAGCCCCGUCAGCUGACGCAACGUGUUCGUUCGAAUUCUCGCGGAAACGGGCCCCAACGAGCAACCGAUAGUUCUUGGUAGACGGGACAACUGGUCCUGUCGCGGCGCUGGAUCAAUCAACAAACCGCCGACGAUUGAAUAUCCGUAUACUUCUCGAUUUUUCUCUGCUCUCGAUGUGUUCUGUACGAAGUUUGGGUACGAGACGCGACGAGUCUGACAAGGAGACCGAUUUCCGGCGUUCGAUCCUUUGCAGUCCGACAGGGAGUUGGGAUGUUACGCUUGGGACAGGGUUGAAGCGUGUCUCCCUUUUUUCGUAACGACAGUUUGCAGUUCGGGGGAUUAGAGCGGAAAGGAUAUUCGGCAGGACUGCAAGGGGUUAAUGAAAUUAAUCUUUUGUAAGUGCAAAACGUUCGGGGGUGUACCGAUGGCAAGCAUCGUUUGUGUUUUUGAGAGUAACAGUUGCUAGCGCGACAUAGUCAUUAAGUCUGGAAUAUC